CCUCUUCUCUACUUUGUUGAAACCUCCGCCAUCUAAUCCAAUCUUCAUCAUUACACAUUCAUCGGUCCAAACAUAAGAUUAUGAAGCCUUUGCAACUGCCUCUCCUGCUGCUUGCAGCCGUCGAAAUAACCCUUGCUUAAGACUGGCACUUCGUCGCCUUUACAACUCCAGAGGGACAAGAAUUCAUCAGCCAAUCUGGCAAUAUGAUAAUUCCCGCAAUACACGAGGCUACGACAAAUUACUUGUGGCCAGGUCUCCAGUCUACCGAUAAUUCAGGCGUGUAUCAGAACGUCCUCGAUGGCAGAUCUGGAGGCUGGUGGUUUGGCAAUGGUUGGUGUUGUUCCAAUCCAAGUCUUCCAUGGGGCGGCGGGUUUGGUGCUGCCGAGGGUGAUGUCUUGUUCUUCAACAAUAUCCGCAACGCGGACAAAAAUGAAUGGGUUAGCACGAUUGAAAAAAACUGCGGCGAAGCGUCCGCGACGAAUUCAUUUCCGAUCGCGGACAAAGUCAUGAACGACGCACCAUUCGUAGCAGAAUUGUACGAAGCUUGGGACUUUGGUCCGGUCAUCUUCGAAGACGUGAUCUUGAUUGCUACCGGUGGCGACACAAAUUUCUGUACUGAUAGUCCUUGGAACUACAAUGGCGCGACAAACGUCAGUAUCACUGGUGUUACGUCGACUGUUGGUGCCGACUCGGUCACUUGCAAUGUUGAGAGUAUCACGCUGUGGGGUCCUAUGUGAUCAGGUCGUAAAUGAUCCAACGCGAGUUGCAAAUCACUUGCCACUUCAACCAAA